UUAAAGGUUAUUUCAAGAUGGCGCCGUCCAGGAAGAAACAUGCUAAAGGCCGACCGUGUAUUAUUCCUGGAGGAUUUACAGUGUUAUCGUUACAGUUUGACUCGGACAGUGUUUCACAGCAUAAACUUUAUAUAAAAGAGCACAGAGUCCGAGCAGAGAAGAGCUCAAAGAGACCUUUCAACCGAACUUUGUUCGUGCUCAACAUCCCUCCAUACUGCUCAGAGGCUGUUAUCAAAGAAUUGUUCUCACAGUUUGGGGAUAUUCAGUCUGUGGAGCUGAGGGAUCAUCCAGGCUCCUCUAAUGAGUCCGAACCCAAAGUGUCCAAGUUUUUCAAACCAGUUUCAAAACAGGGCUUCAAAGUGGGCUACAUCGUGUUUAAGAACUCUUCAAGUGUAGCAGCAGCUAAAUCUCACUCACAGGACGAGCCGCUGGUGGUUUCUACAGAAGAGCGUCCAGUCAGGACGGGAGUGCAGAAAUGGAUCCAUCAGUACACAGAGUCUUUCAUUCAGCCAGAGAAACUGCAGAAAAUCGUCGACUCCUUCAUGAGCGACUACGACAAACGUAAAGAAGAGGAGGCAGAGAGGCAGAGGAAAGAGGCCGAGCAGCAGCAGGAGGACGAGGAGGGCUGGGUCAAAGUCACAAGAGCUCAGAAGGGCACUAAGGCCCGUCCCCACAGCGAGGCAGCCAAUCAGAAGGCCCUACAGAAAGAGAUGAGGAAGAAGAAGAGGAAGGAGUUGUUGAACUUUUACACCUGGCAGCACAAAAACACACAGAAAGAGCAUAUUGCCGAACUGAGGAAAAAGUUUGAGGAGGACAAACAGAGAAUAGCUCUGCUGAGGGCGCAGAGAAAGUUCAGACCUUAUUGAUAUGAUUACCUUCAGUUUUCUUUGUGUUUUUUGGCUUCAUUGUACUUUAGAGCAUUUUUUUCAAUAAACUAACCUGCCCAAUA